CCCGCCCACUGGAGGCGGGACUCCGGGAGGUUUGAAAGCGCGGCGCGCUGAGCUGGGUGGCUCGGCUACCGCCGAGAUGUCGGUGCUGAGGCCGAUGGACAAGCUGCCCGACCUGAACCGGGCCACCAUCUUGCUGGUGGGCACGGAGGAUGCGCUUCUGCAGCAGCUGGCGGAGUCCAUGCUCAAAGACGACUGUGCGUCCGAGUUGAGGGUCCACUUGGCCAACUCCCUCCCUUUGCCCUCCGACGCGAACCGGCCCCGAAUUGACCUGAUUGUGUUUGUGAUUAACCUUCACAGCAAACACAGCCUCCAGAAGGUAGAGGAAUCUCUGAAUCAUGUGGACAGUCGCUUCUUCCUGGGGAAAGUCUGCUUCCUCGCCACAGGGGCUGAACGGGAAAGCCACUGCAGCAUUCACCGGAACACUGUCAUAAAGCUGGCCCACACCUACCGAAGCCCCUUGCUCUUCUGUGACUUAAAGCACGAGAGUUACUGGUAUGCGCAGCCGUGUACAACUUUUGACAUGGCUGCUAGGAUCAGAACACAUGCUUGUUCAGCAUUACCCACCAAACCAGCUCUGGAGCCCCAGAAGUGCAUUUGCAUUGGUGGAGAGCUGUCGAGCCACCAUGGCCCAGCGCCUGGUACGCAUGCUGCAGAUCUGCGCUGGCCACGUGCCCGGUGUCUCAGCGCUGAACCUGCUGUCCUUGCUGAGGUGCUCCGACAGCCCCCUGUCCAAGGAGUCGUGAGCACUGCUGCCCUCCCCGCAUGUGGCUCUAGCUCCGUAAGCAAGCACUGUUGGUGAAGACAGUCAGGGCCUGACAGACCCGGGAGGCAGCCUGCUCACUGCAGGGCUGAGUGAGCUCCGCUCCACUAUGCAGUGUGGUGCUGGGCAGGAAUGGGGAAGGGAGCCCCAUGGUUGGAAUCCCAUGCCUCCCAAUUCACCCCACAGAGACCCAUAUCUUCACCUGUCUGGCGGGCUACAUCCGCUGAAGAUUUCUUUGGAACAAAGAGCCAUGACGUAAAAA